CGCCGGAGAAAACCAUAGAGUACCCCGCCAGCCGAGGAGAGGAAGAGAGAGCGGCCUCCAUAGGCCCGAUGUCCUAGAGGCGGCUGGGCCGGAGGCGGUCGCACAAAAGGAGUCCCGGGAGGUCGCUCCUGCAGCUGACGGACCGUAGAUAGACACUGCUCCCGCGGGCGUUGGGCCGGGAGCUUUGCAGGUUACAAAACGGCUUUCCCAUUUGCUGGCUCUUGUGAUUCCCGCUCCCGCCCAACGAUGUGAACGCUGUCAACACCUCCACUUUACAGAUGGGAAAGCUGAGGCCCUGGGAAGCGAGGUGACUGUAUCUGUCUGAGGCCACGCGCACAUAAGAGACCACAGAACACCAGUCAGUGGUGAUGACAGACCCCGUGUUGGACUCACCGCCAACCAACAGCACUGGGGAGAUGGAUGGACUGUGCCCUGAGCUAUUGCUGAUCCCCCCACCUCUGUCCAACCGUGGAAUCCUGGAGCCUGUCGAGAGCCCCUGUCCUGCUGGGAACCCCACACCUCUGCCUGCUGACCCCGGCUGCCUGCUGGUAGAGGCCACGGCAACUGAAGAGGACACAGGGAACAUGGAGAUCAUUGUGGAAGCGGUAGCUGGAAACCUGUCCCCAGGUGCUCCUGGAGAGACCCCAGGUGUCCUGGUAAAGGUGGUGGAGUUGGAGGUGUACUACUGUGAGCGAUGUGAGCAGAGCUUCGCUGAGCCCACUCUGCUGGCCCUGCACCAAUGUCCUGAGACCCUUAUACAGCCUCUGCAGGGCCUCUCUAGCCCCCCAUGCUCUGUAGAGCUGACCCCUGGCAACCUCAGUCUCUCUGGCCCUCUGCAGGGCCACGGCCUCCCAGAUAGCCCCCUGCCAUGCCCUGUGUGUCGGCAGGAGUUUGCCCAACCCCAGGCCCUGAAGAGCCACUUCAAGAUUCACCGGGGUGCUCCCAACACCUUCUCCUGCCCAGAGUCUGGCUGUGUGUUCUCCGCUGAAGAUCGCAAGGGCCUGCAGCAGCACCUGAGGCAGGCCCACGCCACGGUGCCCGUGCCCUGUUCUUUCCGAGGCUGCCCCCUGCUCUUUGGGGACCAGCAGGGCAUGGAGCUGCACCGGCGGGCCCAUUACCCUUUCCACUGUGACCACUGCAGCUUCGUGGGCUCCAACGUCAAACUCUUCCGGCAGCAUCAGCGGAGCCACGGCGCCGGGACCCAGGGAGAACUGGCUGCCCUUCAGGGCCUUCCACCCCAGGAGUUGCUGCCAGAUGUCAUCAAGUUUUAUGUGUCUCCAGCUCCCAGAACGCCCUCCAGAGAGGGAGAGCCUUCAAAACAGGCAGAUGCGCCCUUGCCCAGGCGAGAAUCAGCUGACGAGGAGGACGUAGAGAAAGAGGAGGCGGGUGGCACCCUGAAGGACCCCCAGAAAGCCCCAGAGAAAGCCCAGGGGGCCCAGCAGGGAGAAGGGAAUGUGGCUGCUGGCACCGAGUCCCUCUUUAAGACGCACAUGUGUCCAGAAUGCAAGCGCUGCUUUAAGAAGCGGACCCAUCUGCUGGAGCACCUGCAUCUCCACUUCCCGGACCCCAGCCUCCAGUGCCCCAACUGCCAGAAGUUCUUUACCAGUAAGAGCAAGCUCAAGACCCACCUGCUGCGAGAGCUGGGCCAGAAAGCCCACCGCUGCCCGCUGUGCCACUACAGUGCCGUGGAGAGGAACGCGCUCAACCGCCACAUGGCUAGCAUGCACGAGGACAUCUCCAACUUCUACUCAGACACCUACGCCUGUCCCGUGUGCCGCGAGGAAUUCCGCCUCAGCCAGGCCCUCAAGGAGCACCUUAAGAGCCACGCGGCAGCAGCGGCAGCGGAGCCCCUGCCCCUCCGCUGCUUUCAGGAAGGCUGCGGCUAUGCGGCCCCCGACCGCAAGGCCUUCGUGAAACACCUGAAGGAGACGCAUGGCGUGCGGGCCGUGGAGUGCCGCCACCACUCUUGUCCCAUGCUCUUCGCCACGGCCGAAGCCAUGGAGGCCCAUCACAAGAGCCACUACGCCUUCCACUGCCCACACUGCGACUUUGCCUGCUCCAAUAAGCACCUGUUCCGCAAACACAAGAAGCAGGGCCACCCCGGCAGCGAAGAGCUGCGCUGCGCCUUCUGCCCCUUCGCCACCUUCAACCCAGUGGCCUACCAGGACCACGUGGGCAAGAUGCACGCCCACGAGAAGAUCCACCAGUGCCCUGAGUGCAGCUUUGCCACCGCCCACAAGAGGGUGCUCAUCCGCCACAUGUUGCUGCACACUGGCGAGAAACCUCACAAGUGUGAGCUGUGUGACUUCACGUGCCGUGACGUGAGCUACCUGUCCAAGCACAUGCUGACCCACUCCAACACCAAGGAUUACAUGUGCACCGAAUGUGGCUAUGUCACCAAGUGGAAGCACUACCUGAGCGUGCACAUGCGGAAGCACGCAGGGGACCUCAGAUAUCAGUGCAACCAGUGCUCGUACCGCUGCCACCGUGCUGACCAGCUGAGCAGCCACAAGCUGCGCCAUCAGGGCAAGUCCCUGAUGUGUGAGGUGUGCGCCUUUGCUUGCAAGCGCAAGUAUGAGCUGCAGAAGCACAUGGCUUCCCAGCACCAGCCCGGCAUGCCUGCCCCGCUCUACCCCUGCCGCUACUGCAGCUACGAGAGCCGCCACAAGCAGGCGCUGCUGAGCCAUGAGAAUUGCAAGCACACCCGCCUCCGGGAGUUCCGCUGCGCCCUCUGCGACUACCGCACCUUCAGCAACACCACCCUCUUCUUCCACAAGCGCAAGGCCCACGGCUACGUGCCCGGGGACCAGGUGUGGCAGCUCCACCAUGCCAGGCAGGAGUCAGAGGGGGCCGGGCAGUGCCUGACACCCCCACCAGACUCCGAGCCCUCGAGCCAGCUGUCUGGCCAGCCCGACGUGCCAGACCGGGACCCCGGUGCUGUGCUGGACCCCGGCUUGGACCAGGCCCCACUGGAGCCCAGUGAGGAGGACCGUGCCAGGAGACCGGACGGCAGUGAGGUUCCACGGGGAGACAACCCGGUCGGCAGCCCCAGUCCGGCCGAGACAGAUGAGGGUGGCUGCACGCUGCACCUCGAGGCCCUGGGGGUAGAGCUGGAGCCUGUGGCUGAGCCGCCCCUUGAGGAGAUCGCUGAAACCGCUUCUGCAGAGUUCAGGCCCCUGGAUCCGUCCGGGCCCCUGAGCCUGGAAGGGCCAGAUGCAACUUUGACUGAGCUGUCUACCUUUGAAGGUGCUACGACGUCUGGUUUGGAUGCUGAAGAAGAGCCCGUUCUGGAAAAGCCAGUCCCUGAAAGCCCCGGAAACCCCCCUUCCUCGGAGGAGCCCCCUGACAGCUGGGCGGGAGCCUUCAAGGCAGCUCUGCCUGCUGAGACCGCUCCCCUCCCCCAGUUCCUGGAGUCAGAGUCCUUACUCAAGGCACUGCGGAGACAGGACAAGGAGCAGGCGGAGGCUUUGGUGCUAGAGGGCCGGGUCCAGAUGGUCGUGAUACAGGGAGAGGGGCGGGCCUUCCGCUGCCCACACUGCCCUUUCAUCACCCGCCGGGAGAAAGCCCUGAGCGUGCACUCGAGGACUGGGUGCCAGGGCCGCCGGGAGCCCCUGCUGUGCCCCGAGUGUGGGGCCAGCUUCAAGCAACAGCGUGGCCUCAGCACCCACCUGCUGAAGAAGUGCCCUGUUCUGCUCAGAAAGAACAAGGGCUUGCCCAGACCAGCUUCACCUGUCCCUCUGUGUCCUCCACCCCCUGGCACCCAGGUCCCAGUGGAUGCAGAAGGGGGGAAGCCCCCACCUGCACCAUUAGAAGUAGAGCUGGUGCUCCCAAGAGAUGCUCCCUCUGUGUCUUCCCGGGAGCCAGAAGAAGUAGAGGAGCCUCCGGGCACACCCUGUGUCUCUGCAGCCCCUCCUGCAGGUAACCCCUCGCCUGCAGAGACCCCUGAGAAGUUCCGCUUCGAGCAGGGCAAGUUUCACUGCAACUCCUGCACUUUCCUUUGUUCUCGACUGUCCUCCAUUACCUCUCACGUGGCUGAAGGCUGCCGGGGGGGACGUGGUGGGGGAGGAAAGCGGGGGGCCGCCCAGCCCCAGCCCGCCGAAUCCCUCCUAAGCGAGGGAGACUCUGCUCCCCUGAAUGGCGGAGGCACAGGGUGCAGCCCGGGGAAUGGGGACACGAGUCUGGUGCCAAAGCAGAAGGGGGCCCGCUUCUCUUGCCCCACGUGUCCCUUUAGCUGCCAGCAGGAGCGGGCUCUGCGGACUCACCAGACCCGGGGCUGCCCCCUGGAGGAGUCUGGCGAGCUGCACUGCGGCCUCUGUACGUUCACAGCCACCGCCGCUGCCACCCUGAGGCUGCACCAGAAGCGGAGGCACCCUGGCUCGGCGCCCACACGGGCGCCGCGGCCACCUCUACAGUGCGCAGACUGUGGCUUCACCUGCAAGCAGGGCCGCUGCCUGCAGCAGCACCGGCGGCUCAAGCACGAGGGAGUGAAGCCACACCAGUGCCCCUUCUGCGACUUUUCCACCACCAGACGGUACCGCUUGGAGGCGCACCAGUCGCGACACACCGGCGUUGGCCGCAUCCCCUGCAGCUCCUGUCCCCAGACCUUUGGUACCAACUCAAAACUGCGCUUACACCGGCUAAGGGUACACGACAAAACACCCACCCACUUCUGUCCCCUCUGUGACUACAGUGGCUACCUUCGCCAUGACAUCACUCGCCAUGUCAACAGCUGCCACCAGGGCACCCCCGCCUUUGCCUGCCCGCGGUGUGAGGCCCAGUUCAGUUCCGAGACGGCGCUCAAGCAGCACGCCCUGCGCCGACAUCCUGCGCCUACGCCCCCCACCCCCGGCUCUCCCGCCGAGGCCAGCGACGGCCCCCUGCACUGCUCCCGCUGUGGGCUGCUGUGCCCCAGCCCCGCCAGCUUGCGAGGGCACACCCGGAAACAGCACCCGCGGCUGGAGUGCGGGGCCUGCCAGGAGGCCUUCCCCAGCCGGCCGGCGCUGGACGAGCACCGGAGACAGCAGCAUUUCAGCCACCGCUGUCAGCUCUGUGACUUCGCAGCCCGGGAGCGGGCGGGCCUGGUGAAGCACUACUUGGAGCAGCAUGAGGCGGCGGCGGCCUUGGAGGGCACGGCGGGUGCCAGCCAGCCCCCUCUGCGCUGCCCCUUUUGUGACUUUACAUGCCGCCAUCAGCUGGUGCUGGACCACCACGUGAAAGGGCACGGCGGCACCCGGCUCUACAAGUGCACCGACUGCGCUUACAGCACCAAGAACCGGCAGAAGAUCACGUGGCACAGCCGCAUCCACACUGGGGAAAAGCCUUACCGCUGCCACCUCUGUCCCUAUGCCUGUGCUGACCCUUCUCGGCUCAAGUACCACAUGCGGAUCCACAAGGAAGAACGCAAGUAUCUGUGCCCUGACUGUGGCUACAAGUGCAAGUGGGUCAACCAGCUCAAGUACCACAUGACCAAGCACACAGGACUGAAGCCAUACCAGUGUCCCGAGUGUGACUACUGUACCAACCGGGCCGAUGCACUGCGUGUACACCAGGAGACGCGGCACCGGGAGGCCCGGGCCUUCAUGUGCGAGCAGUGCGGCAAGGCCUUCAAGACCCGCUUCCUGCUGCGCACCCACCUCCGCAAGCAUAGCGAGGCCAAACCCUAUGUGUGCAAUGUGUGCCACCGUGCUUUCCGCUGGGCUGCUGGCCUGCGCCAUCACGCCCUCACCCACACCGACCGCCACCCCUUCUUCUGCCGCCUCUGCAGCUACAAGGCCAAGCAGAAGUUCCAGGUGGUUAAGCAUGUGCGCAGGCACCACCCCGACCAGGCCGACCCGAACCAAGGAGUGGGCAAAGACCCCACCACCCCCACCGUGCACCUGCACGACGUGCAGUUGGAGGACCCGGGCCCCCCUGCUCCUGCUGCUCCUCCGACCGGACCUGAGGGCUGAGAGCCUUCCCCCCCCCUGCCCCCCUGGAGGGUGUGGUCCAUGAUGUGCAGACUGGAGGCAGCGUGAGCCUGGAGCUCAGCCUGGGGAAGGGCUAGCUUCAAGGCACCCCUUGAAGGGGGGCUGGAGGCCUCCUGGGACCCAGGCUACAGUACUUUGAAGUUGAUGGCCAUACAUAUAAAAGAGCAACCUGGACCACAAGUUGUUUUCCUGUUGAGGCACGCUGUUUUUAACCCGUGAGUUCCUGCUUUCUUCACCAUCCCUCUGCCCAGCUCCCUGGCUCUAAGACGUUCGUUCUACCCAUUCUGUCUUCCCCUUUCUUCUUGCCAUCAAGUCCUGUUUUCUGGCAGCGCCCCCAGAUCUGCUAUUUCUAACUGCAUGUGCUGUUGUGCCUACUUCUCUCUAAAGCAUGUUGAACAGAGUGAUCACUAGCUUA